UAGAGGGCGCUGUGCAACUCUGGCGAUGGUUGACGUAGAGCUGACGUACGAGGAAGUAUCAUGAAGGAAAAAAAUGCAGCUGACCAUAGAGAUGCUUAGGGGGGCUAGUCGAUAUUUACCUGUGUCAUGCUUCUGAAAAUAAGGAACUAUGAUUUUUCAGCAAUAUCAAGAACUCUCCCUUUAAAAGCGCUGGGUCUGGCGAUUUAGUACGAAGAAGAGUAAACAAGUAAGUCACUGCGAUGUCAUUCCAAUGAUCUGUCAGUGUUAGUUUUGCUAAUGUAAUGCUAAAAUAGCUCAAUUCAAAAGUUCCCCUUUCGUUGUGUCAGACUUAAGAAGGCAAUUACUUUCGGUUUAUACUUUUAUUUUUGAUAAUUGUCCUGCUAAUAAGCCAUGCAUAAUGACAACAGCGUAAUCCUCAAAGGCGGCCGUAGAAGAUUGUCAGGAUCAUUUCAUGAUGGUUUCUGUGAUUUCUUAAUAUUGUUAGGACUUAUUCGACUUUAAGGAUUUAUAUUUAUAACAAAACAGACGAUGGAAUCUACUGGUAAAUGUGAUACAAGGAGUUACAUCGUAUUUCGUUGCUCUCUUAAUAAAUAUCAGCUGACCCAAACAGCGUGCAACAAAUCCCUCUCAUUUCCACAGAAAGCCGCCAGCAGUUUGACGCAUUUCUGCAAUAACAACAAGAAGCUAAUACACAAAAGGGGAUUUACAUACAUUCUGAAUUAUAAUACUUUAAAUUGUUUACCAAGAACUGACAUGAAACUGUAUUUACAAUUGUGCCCUGUACUUAGGGCUGGGCGAUAUGGGAAAAAGUUUAUCACAAUGUAUUUUUUUUUUUCAUAUCAGUCGAUAUCGAUAUAUAUCACGAUAUUUAAAAAAAUGAAAUUUAACAGUGCUGAAUGGUAGCAUAACUUUGCAAUACAAUAAGCUACUGCAUCUGUGAGGCCUUUGUAUCUCUUCAACAUUUUAUCGUAAGAUGUUGCGCCAGAGAGAGCAGACUGAAUGGUCAGCUGUUUCAGCUGCACAGGCGCCACGGGCUCCUUUUUCCACUCUGGGUUUGUGACCAUUAGCAUUGCUCGCACACUGCCGCGUGGCACUGCUUCAGGUGGUGAAAAAAGAUUUGAGGUAUUCCCGGACUUUGCGAGAACAUGAACUUGACAUAAUUUGCAGUGAACAUUACUCUGCUUCAUAUAUGACUUAAAAAUAAAUAAAUAAAUAAAUACCUUCACAGCACCGACAUUUUUGUGCCAGUGUUGUCAAAGAUGUCAUCAUCUGUUAAGCCUUCAUCUGCAUUUCUGCCGGGGGUAGCACUCAUCUUCUUUUUUCCUCACAGACAGUGCUGUCGGCUUCACGUGUUAAAGUGCUAUGGUUGCAUGUAGCUGCAGACUGCGACUACGCAGUCUUUUGCUACUUGGUUCUAAUUCAGCACGAUUGGUUCAGCACGAAGUGGCCCCAGAGAAACUCUCCUUUUUAUCAGCUACUUGUAUAGUCAACCAAAACAUGACAGAAUGCCGACUAUCGAAAAGCAUAUAUUAUUAUUAAUAUAUUUAUAUUAAUGUCGAGGGAAAUUAAUUUUUCGAUACAUAUCCUUAUUGUUUUAUCACCCAGCCCUACUUGUACUACUACAAUUCCGUUUUUUUUCUCUUUGUCAAUGAUGCAGGUACCCUAUCAUCGACUCUUAUUCUUUGGAAGGUGUUGACUUUGCAGAGCCUUUUCAAUGUCCUCUGGCUGCCCACCCCAGUCACCUGCUGUGGCAAAGUCUGAGGUAGUCAUAGAGGGAGAAUGCCCACUCCUUGCUGCCACCUUUGCCUACUGGGACAACAUCUUGGGUCCACGGGUACGCCACAUCUGGACGCCUAAGGGUGACCAAUUGAUGUUCCUCAGCGAUGGAGAGGUCACGUUUUUGGCCAAUCAUACACUAAAUGGAGAGAUUUUGCGCAGCGCUGAGUGCGGCGCUGUGGAUGUUAAGUUCUUUGUUUUGGCAGAAAAAGGUGUCAUCAUUGUGUCUCUUAUCUUUGAUGGUGAGCUGAAAGGAGACAAGAACACAUGUGCCUUGUCCAUUAUCCUGCCUCAGACAGAGCUGGCCUUCUACCUGCCUCUGCACACUAUCUGUGUGGAAAGGCUAAAGCAUGUUAUCCGCAGGGGACGCAUUUGGAUGCAGAAGGUAUUUUGGUAUUUCUGCUGAUCUCUUGGCUUGUCACUUUUAGAUAUACACUUAUUAUUCACACAAGAGCAGGCAAAUUAUUGCCCUUUAUGCUUAUUAAAUGCACUUAAAAACCUUAUCCAGCGUUGAUCUUAAAAGAGUAUUAAAUAAUCCAUCACCUCUGCUUUACCCACGUGGGAUUGUAGCAACAUUGGCAGAACAAUAAAGUUGCAGUCUCCCAACACAAAGGAGCAACUUAGAUAAUUGGGUCUAAGUACCCCCUCAGAGAAAGCCUGUGAGCAGGUAAUAAUGGGGGCAAACAAAAUAACAGCAUGGACAAGACUUCAUAAAAAUUGGCUUUAAUGUACAAAAGUAAUAUUGAGACUGCAGUGUAGGGGGUUGUAUUUGGUUGUGUAAAUGCCUUUUUAACCCUAUUUUGUAUUUUUAGGUAUUUUCAUCCUAAUGUUUGUUGGUCUUACCUUUUAAAUGGGAUUGUUUUUUACUUUUUGAGUGUAGUUUUGCCUUUUGGGUACUGUGAUACUCACCUUUAAUUAAUAGUUCACAGUUACUGCUGUUUUGCCUUUGGGCUAGAUAGAAAUCUUAAUAAUCUUUUGGCACUUACAAAAAUGUCCUUACAUAUUAUUACCAAUGUAGGGAGAGAGAGAUGAGGUUCUAAAAUGCACCGACUCAUGCAGGGUCUGGGAAUCCAUAUGAGACUAGUACAACAAGAAUUGAGCAUGACAUAGGGUGUCUGCUCUAACAACUGAGCUGCAGUGGUUUCCCAGAAUCUAAAAACUUGACUAAUUUGACUAUGUACACCACAGGCCAAAAGUUUGGAAGCAAGAUCAAAUUUGUACAAAAAAGAUCAUAAUACUUUGCAACAAAAAAACCCUGAUAAUUAUCUAAAGAAAAACUUAUCAGAAGACAUUUUUACUAUAAUUAUCAGGUAUUUGAGGAACCUUUUAAAUAUUGGUAAUAAAGUACGAUCAUGUGGUUUGUUAGGUUGCUUAUUCACUUUGAGUUCUUUUCUCGUCAUAUAUUUAUUGUCUGACAUAAAAUGAGUAAAAUAUGUAUUACAGACAUGCACUAAGGAAAGCUGUCAGGGCAAUAAUAUUUGGUUAUUGUUUUGGUGAACUGACUGUUGAAAUAACUUAAGUGUUUCUGUAGCCCUUACACCAACUUUUCCUAAUUUCAUUCUGCAUUAGGGCUACAACAUCAUCUCAGUGCUUAGCUUGGAGAUCGUCCCUAUCAUGGAGCUGUUGGCCUCUAUGAAGACGCAUAGUGUGCCAGAAGAAAUAGAUGUGAGUGGUGUACUCACACUCGCACACACACAAACACAUAUGGCCUAGACAGUCACAAAAAGAAUAGCUAGAGACCAUAGUAGUUGUUUAGUUUUCACAUGAAAACAAAAGGAGUACAGAGGAGAAAAAAACUGCACAAUAUUGGAGUUUUGUCAAUAGCCAGUAUACCAACAUCUCAAACUAAUUUUUUCCAAUACCAAUAUCGAUUAUACCGUAAAUGGCAAAUGCACUUUUCUUAAACAUGAACAUUAAGUGCUGCGCUUACCAACCCUUCCAAUCAUUUAAGUACAGUCAGCUUGUGUCAGCUGUCGUUGUGUACAUGGACUUAACCAAGCACUCUUUGGGUCCAUAAUUGUAUCUGCAGAUAAAUAAUUUUUGAAGCUAUUGACUGCUGAUACCAAUAUCACACCUAUAAUAUUCUGCACCCCUUGGGCAAAAUAACAAGUUUUAUAUCAUUAUUUUAAAACAAUUAGAUAUCACUUUGUGAAUGCAACACAUUUUGGUAAUUCAUCAUUUUGGAAGGGUUUACAUUCUUCAGGUUCUUGUGUUGAUAACCACCCAGUGCAGUAAGAUACAUGUCUUCCUCAUUUGCAAAUGUUAGAAUAAGAGGAAAGCAGCACAUAGAGGAAUCUAGCUUUUCCUAGAUUCUUUUGCUUGGGGCUGGUUUUCUAUAUUCUGUUACAAAUUAUAACUGCAGCAUAAGUUCUUAAAUUGACUCAUUUUUUUGGCCCCAACUAUUUAGAUUAAGGACACUGUGCUAAAUGACGAUGACAUCGGGGACAGCUGCCACGAGGAUUUCCUCCACAAGUAAGCACUCCAGUACAAAGCAAAUAGAGAUAGAUGAUGAACACUGCCCAUUUAACACCCAUCAACCUCCCAAUGAUGAGUAAUGGCUCUUCACUGCUGCAAAGUUUUCUCUGGAGAAGGGGCCAAAGUUAAAUCGCUGUUAGUGUCGACUGACCAGAAAGUCCAUUGUGACAGUUAAGCUACCCACUGCUCAGAUUAGUUCAACAUCCGGUGUACUCUAUAAAGCACCUGUUUGCAGUUAUUUAAUUAUCCAGAAUUUUGUAGUUAAUGGAGCCUUUUUACCGCAGAGUCGCAGUCUUUAGUUACCCAGGCAACAUGUUUAUUUUAUUUUUAAGGCUGCACAAUAGUGGAAAAAACUAACAUUGCAAUUUUUUUCAAACCUGCGAUUCAUAUUGCGAUAUUAAAAAAUACAAGAAUUUUCACCAGAUGACCUGAAUAGCACUUUAUGCUAUACUGCACUGCUGAAAUUCUUGAGGACAGUUAACCUGCUCUGAUCUUACCUCUUUUUUUGAAUGUUAGUAGAGUGGCUUCUGUCUGUCUCAGAGAUAUUUUUAGCUUGCUUUAAUUGUGCUUGGUCGUUAUUGUGGCAGCAGAUAAACACACGUUUGGUGGACAUCAUCCUUCUUGUAACUGAAAUAAUUCCAGAUAACUGACGUUGCUUUUCUUUUUGGCAACAAGUCUUCAUCUUCCAUGGUUUUGUUGUGUGGAGAAACGCAUGCCUGCCAAGAAUUGCAUGCACCUGGCAAAAUGCGCACCGCUUAUAGUAGAGUGGUCCAUGGAAAUGUACAAUUUAAAACCCAUACAGUUCUUAUUUGUGGGGCUAAACAGUGAUGAGUAAUGUUCCGAAAGUAAUUCUCAGCGGACAUGCGUUUUUCGGCACAACACCUGCAACGCCAGCGACUCACUCCAUGUGCAGGGGCGUGGUUUCCUCCUCUCUGAUUUUGAUUGAAUGCUGGCAGGGUAGUCUGAUUGGCAACUGAGUAAAGAACGAAUGUGAUUGGUGGAUCGUUGCAAAGCACGUGCAGAGUCACAUGCAGUGUAUCUCAGUCAGCUUCCCUUGAAAUUAGAUGAGUUUAUUCGCCUCCUACAUCGCAGGCUCUGCAAUGUGACUAUCGCUCACACAUACAUCGCGAUGACGAUGCUCAAACGAUAUGUAUGGUGCAGCCCUAUUUCAAAUCUAACCUUAGAAGUUAAGAGUCGUUUAAUGCCCAGCAGUAUAUAUGGGAGGACAGAAUAUGAACCAAUCUACACAUUAAAAAGGCACAAUAAGAGGUAGUUGAACUGCAGCCAGUUAAAUCCACCUUUGUCUGAAAUGUUUGCUGGGUCCAUUUCUUCAAGACUGUUCAUUAAUGCUAAAAGCCAUGAUGAAUAAUUAUAGCAAUGCUAAUUAAUCAGAUUUCCUCUGUCUCUUUGGUUCAGGGCCAUCAGCUCUCAUCUGCAGACUUGUGGCUGUUCCAUUGUGGUCGGAAGCAAUCCAGAGAAAGUUAACAAGGUACAUUUACGGGAUAAGUGGCUGCACACAGAUCCAUUUCUGACUUAUCGACAAAACUCGAACAGUUGGAUGUCCCUUGUGAUGUUUUUUAGAAUUUAGUGAAUGCAAAGUGGGUAAUGAGCACAAACUUGGAAUUACAAGAGGAUGGGCACUAACUAAGAAUAAAGAGUUGUAUUGCACAAGUAACAGUGAAAUGCUUGAGCUACAGUUUUUGCAUUACACAACACUGCAACUUUAUUACACAACUAGUCAGUGACUAUUUUCUGGAACCUGGCAACUGCUCAAAAACUCCCAGCUGAGAGUGGGCAGUUUUGUCAAAUCUAACCACGAGUAAAAUCAAAUUGAAUUGAAUUAUUUUCAUCUCUUCUCAUUGUAAGAAUCUGAAGCAUUACGUUGUAUUUGUUUAUGCAUGUGUUGUCAUGGAACUCAGUGCAACUGAGCUAUUGAAAUUAUAUAGUUUCAAAAGAUAUCUCAGCAUGUUUCCUUAUUUGAAGGCUUUUUUUGUCCAAGUGUUAAAAUGUGGCUUUUGUUGUGCAGAUUGUGCGAACCCUCUGCCUCUUCCUCGCCCCAGCUGAGAGGAAGUGCUCUCGCCUCUGCAAGGCUGACUCUUCCUUUAAAUACGACGCAGGCCUGUUCGUACAGGGUCUUCUGAAGGUACCCUCUUGCUUUACAUUUGUGAAUCAGAGAAUCAGACUUUUAGAGGUAUUCAAGAUCAGGUAACUGCAGUUUUUCAAAAAGAUUUCAGGCUACAUGUGCAGGUUGUACUGUAUGACACCAAAUAUGAAAUUAGAGAUGCAAAAGUAGCAACUGAAACCCAGUAGAGCUUCUUACCAUGAUUGUAAGUUAUUAUGGUAGACCAGGGCUUCUUGUGGUGUUGUUGAGGUCCUGCAGGAGUUAAUUUAAGAUUCAAUAUAAAAUGUAUUGAGUUGAACAAAACAGGCUAAAGGAAAAAGAGCAGAAAGCAUAUUGAACUUCUAAUAGACAAUUUUACUGUUUGCUCACAAGAAACUUCUGUCUGAUGUUGCGUUUCUUCUUUUUGGAGCAUUAUGUGCCCUCUCCUGUCUGCUCUUUAAGUUCGGCUGGAGUAUGGCAAAGAGAAAAAACAAACGUACUCUCACACUCUACUUCCUAGGACUCCACAGGCAGCUUUGUCCUGCCCUUCCGCCAGGUUCUUUAUUCGCCCUACCCAACCACGCACAUUGACGUCGACAUCAACACAGUCAAGCAGAUGCCACCAUGCCAUGAGCACACGUACAACCAGAGACGCUACAUGAGGUCUGAGCUCACUGCACUUUGGAAGACAGACAGUGAAGAUGACAUCGCCCCUGACACAGUCAUUCACACAGAUGAAACCUUUACACCUGACCUGUAAGUCAUAAACACAUUUUGUAUUUUUGGAUUAAACAAAAGUUGAUGUUUAACACAAUACUGUAUAUUAUUUAUUUUUGCUCCAUGUUUUCUAAAACCUUUAAUUCAAAAAUGCCUUUAUCCUCACAAAUGUUAUUACUCCUUCAGGAAUAUAUUUCAAGAUGUCAUGCAUAAAGACACUUUGGUGAAGUCAUUUAUAGAUGAGGUAAGAAAGAACAGUGCUUCUUGUUGUAUUUUGUGUCUCAAUGGAAAAAAAACACUUAUUAUUAAAUCAUAGAAAAGUAUUUCCAAACCAAGUUGAGGCAUAUGUAUGCAUUAUAAACUUGAGCAAAACCUUCAUUUUUACUCUCUUACACAACUGCUUAGAGAAACCCAUAGUUGUUAAGUGCUUGCACAAGGUUUGUGGAAUCCGAGUAUUAAAGAAACUCUGAAAUUGGCACCAGCAGGCUCUCCCUAACGACGAUAGUUGACACAUGCUUCAGGCCUAAUGAGCUGGUAAAGGUCUGAGCUGGUAGAAAGAAUCUGACACUUUAAAACUUUCAGGGUGCACAAACUUCUGCAAAUGCCAAAAUGAUGUUUUUUCGUUGUUGUUGUUGUUGUUGUUUGUUUUUCGAUUUAUUAAAUAAUACUAACCAUUCAUUAAUGUUACUGAUAAUAUUGUCUUAAAAAAGAAACAGAGACUGUAAAUAUACAUUUUAAAAUAUAUAAAAUAUGCUGUUUUUAGGAAGGUGCACAAACUUUUGCAUACAACUGUAUCUGACCAUUGACAAAAAUGAGGAACACUUUCACUAUAAUGCACCCUGUACACCAGCAGCAAUUGUUUUAAUGAACAGUUUUCACCUGCCUGACCAUGUCAACUAAAGUGAAAAUGUACGAGCAACAAAAAUGUUGAAUUUAUGGCAAAGCUGUAGUUAUUAUUGUGCAUUAGAUUGCCCUGCUAUUUAACUUUUCAAAUUGGGGUUAAAUGUGAUUGACUUGUCUUAUUUAUCAUAACCCUGUUUGAUUAUUUGUUGUUGUUUUUUCUACUUUUUAUUAGAGGAGAGUAGAUAGAGCUUUAUUGAUCCUUUUGGGAAGGUUCCCUCAAGAAAAUUAAAUUGUACUUUCUUCGUUUUCUUUUUUUUUUUUUUUUUUGCUGCUGCUGCUGUCUGUUAUUGUUCGGCAGAAUUUCCAUACUUUUCUAUACCCUAAUUUUUAGAAUUAUUGUUGGAAAUGCUUACUUUUCUAUUUUGGAAAACAGUAUUUGAGAACUUUGUUAAUAGUCUGGAAACAUCAAUAUUUUUCCAUACUUUAUUUUUCAUUUUCCAUACUUCUUAAGACCUGGAAAUUGAUCAAAUUUAUUUUCAUUCUUUUCCAUACUUGCUUAGGAACCCUGGUUCAGGGUCACAAGCCAUCUUUCUUUAACAUGAAAUACUUCCAGAGUGGAGGUGCGAGUUUCUCUCAUGACAACAGUAAGAGCAGCUGUAGCUGGGACUACUAAUUGACAUCCUGUGUUGUACCCAGGUGUUCAUGCUGAAACCAGGCCUGUCCCUGCGGAGCACCUAUCUGGCCCAGUUCCUGCUGCUGCUCCACAGGAAGGCCCUCACACUGCUCAAGUACAUUGAGGACGAAACGUAAGUGCUGUUUCUAAUAAGACGGUAAUCCAAAUAACAGAGAGGCUUAUUGUGAGGGAACAGAAUAUUCUAAUCCCAGGGGUUAAGAUUCACUUCUUUUUCCCAGACUUGUCUGUCAGACUUGUCUAGACAAGAGCAGUUGUCUAAUAUGCACUGCAGCCACUGACCUUGUUCUGAUAAUGUCAUCACCAUAGCAACAUCACCGUAUGGUCACCUUAUGUAUUGAGCCCAAAUCGUGCCUCACAACCAGAAACACUCACAAGUACUGUGAUCCCCAGAGUUCUGCUGUACAGGUUUGACAAAUUGUGAGGCCACGGUUCACAGGGUAUAAAACAACACCACUGCAUAGUAGGCCCAUACAGAGCAUUGUUUUAAGGCAUCAAAAUGACGAGUAGAAUACAUGAUUCAGGCAACUUAAUGGUUCCUUGAAACAUCUUAAUCUUUUUAUGAAGGACUAAAACAAAAUAAAAUCACUGCUCAACCUGUUCUGAACCAGGUGAGUAUGACAAUGACACAACUGCACAUCCUUCUUUAUGAUGAUAAUAUUGAUGAAGAGUUAAGACAGAUUACCUUUGUGCUUAGAUUUACAUACAUAAAAAAGAUGCAUCUUUAGUGACUGUAGUGAGGAGGAACUUCAAAAUGUUGCACUGCAGUGAUGUUGAAAUUCAGUAUAUAGUAUUAUAUUUGUGUUGGUACUACUUUUUUCAGCUCUACACAACAAUUCUGACUAUGUGAAAUGGUGAAAGGUGAAAUACUUCAGUCUAUUUUUACUUAAAUCCAACACUGGAUUUGUUUUAUACAAUUGUAAGUUCAACAUCUGUUAUUUUCUUUAGACUAAUCAAGCAACCAAAUUACCCUUUUUUUAUGUCACAGACCUAAAACUACUUGUUUUUCUUGCCACAUUAAGGUCCCGUCUUAUUCACAGGCACAACAUUCUGCCUCAGAUUUAGAAGUACACUUCAACAUUAAUCCCGGACUUGAACUCAACUUGUGCCAAGCUUUCCCAAUUUUUUUUUCUUGCACCCACCAUGUGGUGACCUGGUCAUUGCUCCAUCUGGUCUUGACUCAUCCCUGUCUGUGCUCCCCAACAGUGAACUGCCCUUCCCACUCCUCUCUGAACUGCCAUCACUCUCCUUUUUUUUCUAUUUGAACACCAUUUGGCUUCAAAUAUUUUACAAAAUACAUCUUUGGGAUUAAGCAAGGGCAGUUUUGAUGUCAUUUUUGGACAGUUUCAGACAUCUUAUCAAAUUCAACUAAAAACAGAUUAGUUCCGACUCUGGGAUCUACCUGACUGGUUUCAGUGAUAAACACAUAUGAAGAAAUCCUCAUCACAACUAACUGCACAGCUCUGAGUAAGAGAUGACGAACUAGACAGCAAGAUUAGUGGGCUGCAAACAUAUGUUGAGCCUGAGUCUAGUUCUUAACAAAAGUCACAAAGGUGGCUUUCUUUAAUCCUUCUGGAUUGCAAAAAUACUUUUUGCUACAUACCUUGCCAUCUGAGGUUAUGGUUAGAAUUCUGACUUGAUCUGAUUAUUUUUCAUCAUAAGUAAUUUAUCUUUUACUAAUUCAUAAUUUGUACUUAAACAUAUAAAGGAUACCAUACACCGUGGAAUAUACGCAAACUUGUUGAUCCUUACAGUCAGUAAUGCGAAUAAUAGUUGUUCAGGUAUUUAUGCACAAACUCAUUAAAUCAGAGCACAUUCAUCACAUGCUUUAAUUUUUGAUGUAGGAAAUAAUUUACUCCCCAAACUUUGUACACCAUAUCAUCCAUCAAUGAAAAAAUGUUGAAGGACAGUACCUAUAGAUCAUUUUGGUUUUUUUGAGCAUGCUCCUGUUGCCAUUAAGUGAGAUUUUUAUGCUUUCAGUAAUGUAACUAACAGAUCAGGAAACUGAGUCAUCUUAGUAAUCAGAGGUUAUAUUAAAUCGAUAAAUUUUUUGUAUGGUUUGCCCAAAAAAGUUUUUUUCUUGUCACGUCCCCUAUAGUGUGACAGUGUCAAACUUACACAGUCCUGCAGUUUUAUUUGUAAAUAAUCUGUAUCAAGUAAAAAGCUGAAGACCUCUGCAUGUGCAGUUGUUAUAUAUAGAAUAAUAGGAGGCAGUGGGAAUACACUGAGUGUUAAUAUCAAAUAUUUUACUUUGAAGUAAUUCACAGGUGACUUUUUUCCUUAAAGCUCAUUGUAGAUUUUGGUCAAAUUCUUUUUUUAUGUAAUACUUUUUUAAUAUGUAAUUGUUGUUUAUUUUAACAACUUAAAUGAAGUAGAAAAACCACAAAUACUAAUAAACCAGUUGAUAGACAAUUACAUUGUCUAUCAUUUGACUCUUCUGAGGAAGACUGCAGAAAAUUUGUAGUUGAAACAUUUCAAGGUAAAAAAAAUCAAACAACACACUGCUCUAGAUAGAAGAACUAUUAGUGCACACUUACUUGAUUUUCUUCAAAAAAGUCGGAUGACUCAAGCCUGGAAAAGAGCAUAAUCUGACAUAACUGGUUGAUAAUCAUGAUUGAAACUGGGGUGUUAAAUGACAAAAAACAAAGUGUGCUGCUGUAUAUUGUCCCACUACUUCACUCCCCAGGUAUAUAGGUAAUGGUGUAGCUUCAGUCUUAGCAAGGAGUCCCUUAUUGCACAGUGGUUUUCAAUCCUGCAAUUCCUCCAUUGCUCAGUAUAAAUCAUAACAAGAACAUUUAUUUAUGUGUGUCUAAAAAUGCAAAUUAUCUGAUGAGGUAUUACAUGCUCCAAAACAUUACAUGGAUUUAAUUUUCCCUCCUAUAUCUUGAAUGCUGACUACAUCUUUUUUUCUCAAACAAAUGCCUUCAAAUACAUCUUACUCCAGAGACAACACUAACUACACAAGUAAAACCAUUAUUUGAGUUCUCAUGCAGAAGCAUAAAAUUUGGCUUGUUUAUGGUGCUGCUUAAAGCCCAGAUCUGAGGGUAUACAAUUUUACAGGUGCUUUGACAAGAUUGUUUAUACUCAGUUUCCAUCCUGUUACAGCAUACAUAAUUCAUUGUGGCGUAUUGUUUCUGCACACAGUUGCAACCCAACUAGAUAUUGAUGUAAGCCUUUAGUCCCUAACAACUGUAGGUUAACUUUUACACUGCAAUGUCUCCUCUCAUUUUACAGGCAAAAAGGGAAGAAGCCAUUUAGAUCACUGCGCAAUUUAAAGACUGACCUGGAUCUCACAGUUGAAGGAGAUCUGAACAUUAUUAUGGCCUUUGCUGAGAAGCUGAGGGCAGGACUGCACUCAUUUGUUUUUGGAAAGCCAUUCUUCACCAGCAUGCAGGAGCGAGAUGUUCUCAUGAGCUUUUGACUGAAUUCUUCGCCUGUACUUUAUCUUUUAAAAAAACUGAUGAAUACAGUCAGUUUGCUGUUUAGUUUUUUUUCCUUUUAGUGUUUACUGUGUUAUUUUAUUAAUGCAUGUGUGUGUACCCUGAAGAGAGCACUGACUUUCACUUCAAUAUUUAUGUCUGCCCUGCUGAAAUAAAAGGAAAAAGAUUCUUGAUCAAUACAUGGCAAAUUGCUGUUAUAAGCCACUGGGAUAUAAGUUUAGAACUUAAAGCCUACAGAUGCCUUGAUCAACUGUAGGGAAUAUGUGACUCUUAAAAUCACAAGAUUGAACUUCUACUCAUGUGAGGGAUAUUAAAAACAAAGGACUAGUCCAACAGAAACGUAAGGGGAACCGAAAGUGAUUUUAAACUAAACAUCUAACAAACUAAAAAAUACACCAACACAAAUAAACAAUCCAAAUAAAUUAUUUACAGAAAAAUUAAUUGUAUUUGUGUACUGAAAGUUUUAAUUUCCUUAAAGUUUAAGUCUCUCUUCUUCCCGGGAUGGCAACUCCCAUUUCUUGUGGGCAGGGCUUCAAAAGGCCAUCUUCAACUGACAGCCUUUUCUUUUUUUUUACUGGAGAGUUCUAAAAAAACAAAACAAAAAGGGUAAGUAUUACUUGAAAUUAAAUCAUAUAAAUGCUAACUAAUUAUUGAUAAAUUAAACCAUGUGACAAUGUCAAUUGAAUUGUGUGCACCCAACUUAGAAAACAACUGCCAUCAGUGAAAUAAAGUGAUAUAUUGCAACAGAAA